AUGGAGAGCUCAUCAGUGGCGUCGGCAUCUUCCGAGGCGGGCAGCACGCGCUCGCAGGAGAUUGAGGAGCUGGAGCGCUUCAUCGACAGCUACGUGCUGGAGUACCAAGUGCAAGGGCUGCUGGGAGAGAAGGUUGACGAGGACUUGGACCAGGAUGACGGUGGGAAAGUGCCACAGUGGACAGACGACUGCAACGACUACAAAGAAGGCAGCUGGACGUCAUCACAAGGAAGAAGUUCCUCUAAGCCAGAUGAGUGGGAGCAUAGCAGUAACGGAAGCUCAGGUUCCAGGCCUAGCUCCGGGUCCAGACCAGGUUCUGGUUCCCGAUCUGGCAGUAGAGGUCGAAACAACCAUUUUAAAAGCUCCAAUAAGAAUGGAAAUAGAGACGUCUCCUUGGACAUCCUAGGCACAGACAUAUGGGCUGCCAACACAAUGGACUCAUGCGGGGGGACAGGUUGGGACGUGCAGCCAGAGAAGUUAGACUUCAGCCACUUUCACAGGAAACACUCAAGAGCUGCGCCAAAGCACCUGCCGCACAUCGAUAGAGAGGGGAUGAGCAAAAACAAGUUUGAGGAAGAUGAUGGCAUAGACUUAAAUGACAUAGAGAGGUUUCUACCCCACCUGUGCACUGUCUUCCCACCCCUUCCUAAUGAGGCCGAGAUUGCACACACCAAAAAGCUCUUCCGACGCAGGAGGAACGACCGACGAGCACUAGAUCACUGUGACCGGUUAACCAUACGUCUGCCCACUGGUCCCGGGGAGACACGACACGUCUACGUCAGGAGACCGCAGCGGGCUCAGGGAGGAGGUAAGAACCAAUCUCCAUCACCGCAACACCAGUGGGAUCAGCAGUCACCCAGCCCGACAGAAGCAGGAGACAACAGAAACAACGGUCGGUCGACUCGCCAGCAACAAGGUGGACAUGGGCAACGUCAGGUUGGACCCCCGCAUGGAUACAGCCAGAAUCGACGCUGGCACCACAAUCAGAAGGGUCCAGGACAACAGAACCCUGCGGGUUCUGAACGAGGACUCGCUCUCAGAACAACCAAAGAGACAGAGAAUGUAAAAGUGACAAGUGAAAAGCACACUCGACAGAUGGAGGAGCCUCGGGACUCCAAAAGUCUCGCUGACUCGACAAAGUCUGAGUCAGCGCUAGACAGAAACUCCUCGUCAGACAUGACAGCCGGCAAAGAAAGCCCCAGCUCGUCAGUCCAGGGCACGUCCAGGGAGCCCCAAAUUAGCUUGCUGCAGUCGUCCAAAGAGAGGCUGCAGAGGAGACUAAAGGACAAGGAGGAGUCGCUAACAGAAGAGUCGGGCGCACCCAACAUGGACCACCUGGUGAGGCUGCUCAACAGCAUGAGGAGCAACAGCAGCGGCGUGGAAGAGCAACUGGCCUCCUUCAUGGAGGAGGCGCAGAACUCGGCGCGCUCCGAGGAAACCCUGACCCAGGUGGUGGGCACCAUUUACGACAAAGCCGUGUCUGACCGAAGCUUCGCCGCCACUGCCGCCAAGUUGUGCGACAAAAUGGCACUCUUCAUGGUGGACGGGACCAAGUUCAGAUCGCUGCUUCUUAAUUUAUUGCAGAAAGACUUCGCCCGCCGCGAGGAGCUGCAGCGGUCAGAUGUGGAGCUAUGGUUGGGCUUCAUCACCUUCCUGUGCGAGGUGUUUGGAACCAUGCGAAGCAGUUCUGGGGAGCCCUUUCGGGUCUUGGUGUGUCCAAUCUACACCUGCCUGCGAGAGCUGCUGCAGUCCAAGGACGUCAAGGAGGACGCCGUGCUGUGCUGCUCCAUGGAGCUGCAAAGCGCCGGGCGCCUCCUGGAGGAGCAGCUGCCGGAGAUGAUGACGGAGCUGCUCGCGGCCGUGCGCGACAAGAUGCUGAGCCCUGCCGAGUCUCCGUUGACCCGCUCGCUCCUCAUGGAGGUGGUCGAGCUGCACGCGCACCACUGGAGCCCUCUGGAAGCGAUCACCACGCAGUACUACGACCGCACUAUCCACAAACUCACCACUGCAUAA